CUGUCAGUGCUUUUGUGCUUUCUAAAAUUAAGUUUUUUUGUCUCUUUUCUGUUUGUUUGAGUUUCAAAAUGGUUUUAGUAUAAAAGCCGCAGCUUAGGAGUCAAAGGGCCGCAUCCCUGAGUCAAAUAAACGCAUACGGCUCUCGAUCUGCAGGUAACGACCAAUGAGCUAAGAGAUAGGUGAAGAUUACAUUUAAAAGGACAAGGUACUGUGGUAUUGGAUAACUGUCAUUACUGAAGCAUAGGGUGCUAAUUUAAUUAUAAGCUGACUUUUUUUUUUUAUUAAUAUUUCACAUUCACAAAUAUUGAGAUAUUUAAAGGUAAUACAGAAAAUACUUAAGCGAAAACAAACUCUAAGUUUGUCUUGAAGAUGAUAAACAAAUGUCUACAAUGGAAAAAGGCGCAUGUGGACUGUAUGCUAGCUCUGAAUAUGAAUUCUGCUCCAUCACAUAAAGAAUCAAGAGUCGCGCUUAAAGAAACUCUCAAUACAGUAAAACUGGUAUCCCUUUACAAAAAAUAUUUUCAAAAUGUUUUGGUAAGCUUAACAUCUGUUCUGUGUGAUUAUAAGAAUAAAGUGUGUCUUCAAAGAAAGAUAAUUGGGAUUAUUGCUUUAAAAAAAGAGGUUGAUGGCCUUUCGGUCGUUUUGGACAAACUUAUUGACAGUGACAGAUUCAACCGGUCAGAGAACGUUCUUGAGAAAACUCUACCGUCUUUAAAAGCAUUAAAGCAACUAAAUGCUAAGAUGUGUCUGCUGCAGAAAAAAAUUAAAUUAACUCAAAUUCGCUCCUUAUUUACAGAUUGUGAUAAAGAGUUAAUGCCUUUAUAUGGACAUAUUUUGAUUAUAUAUCUAGGCCUCAAUACUGAUUUUGAGCAUUGGAUUGAAAGUCUGAAAACUGAUGAGAGACACUGUCAAGAUUAUCGCUAUUAUAUUUUACAAUUUUUGGAAGCAAAUGAACAGAAUUUAGAAUAUGAUCCUAAUGAUAUUGGACUUGCUGGGUUGUCAAAGAAAUUGAUGCUGUUAGGAUUUACAAAGGACAGGUCAGAGGCAAUUGCAAAAAACAUUUCUACAGAUGUUAUUGACCUACAAACACCUUUGUAUUGGGCGAAGAGAUAUUUAGUGAAUGAAUUCAUAUUUCAUUCUAUUUUAUUUGAGCUUUCCAACUUUCCCUAUUCAAAAGAGAACACUGAUCAAUGGUUUAAACAAGAAAUAUUAAGAAAAAAUGGUGCUGAUUCUAUAUCAUUAAAUAUUAACAUGUUUAAUUGUACCAAUAAAAACCAAGAAAACACAAGAUUAAUACUUGAAUUUCUCACCAAAAUAAAAGACGAAGACGAAGAUAGUAGACUGUAUUUUCAUGGCACGACAUAUGAUGCUGUUAAGUCUAUACUUACUUCGGGAAUCAAACUUGGAGAAGGCAAAGAAAAGAAAGAUUUUUCAAGUGGUGAUGGAUUCUACCUAUCCGAAAAGUUAGAAAAUGCAGAGGAGUGGGCGUCAAACAGGUGUGGGGCGGUCAUAGUAUAUAAAGUUCAAAAAGAUUUCGUAGAUGCUGAAUUAGAAAACGGUCUAGAUGUGACGAACGACAAACAGAAAUGGGAUUCCAUCGUUAAACUUUGUAGAAGUCAUUAUGCUGAUCAAAAAUUAAAAAGGAAGCUGCUGAAAGGGAUAACAUUUGUAAGAGGCCCCAUAAGUUUGAAACCAAGGGGGUCCAGUGCUGCGGGGUGGGGACGCGCUGAAAUCCAGCUCUGCAUACGGGAAGAAGAAUAUUCCAUUCGAUUUGGAAGUCUUGAAAAUAUAUGUGGUGUCAUUUUUUACGCAUAAAUUCUUUAGAAUUUAAUAAUAACCUAAGACUUGCUCAUCUUUCCAGGGUAUUAAAAAUAGUUAGUAUCAGAUGUAAGUUAUAUUAAGGUUUCAUUAAGUUGUACUUGAUAUUUUUUUUGCAUUGAGUAAAACUGUUUAAAAGCUUGUAAGUUUAAUACAUUUGUUUUUAUUUUGCAUAUACUCUUUUAAUAUAAAUUAUAUUUUCUAAGACUUAAGUGAACCUGCUGAGAUGAAUUGUUGUAUUACAAUGAAUAUAAUCUUAUAUGUAUUAAAUGAUGUUAGGUUUUUAAUUCAACUUAUUAAAUGUGUUUCUAGUGUUUAGGCAGUUAUUUGAAACUUAAAGAAAAACACCAAUGUGUUAUGUAUAUUUUCUGAUUACCGGAAAGUUAAUUUCUAUUAAAAUAAAAACAUAUAUGAAUAUUGUAUUCCUAAAGCUAUACAUUUGUCAAAUCAUGGUUUAAUAGGCAGCGUUUAGAACAGACACGAUCCCUAACACCUUUAGACAUGUGACCAAAGGAGUUAGGGAUAUUUAAAAGUCCAAGAUUGAGAGAUUGAUCAUUUACUAACACUAUCGUUUAAGGAUCAGCCAUUAAACAGCAUUUAAUUAUAUCCUUUUAGUGUUUUUACUAUUUUGAGUAAUCAUGUCUCCUUCCAGAUUUCAAAAUUAUCCUUGACGGGUCUCGGCACCUGUAUUUUGUAUUAGGAAAUGAUUUGAUGUUUGUUGAAAGUAUAUUGUUUUUACCUAAUGUAUUUUGUAUUAGGAAAUGAUUUGAUGUUUGUUGAAAGUAUAUUGUUUUUACCUAAUGUAUUUUCUAUUAGGAAAUGAUUUGAUGUUUGUUGAAAGUAUAUUGUUUUUACCUAAUGUAUUUUGUAUUAGGAAAUGAUUUG